AUGCCCAGCGUCCCUAUCAAACGCGUGGCUGUAAUUGGCGCUGGCCCGGCAGGGGCUAUCGCUGUGGAUGCGCUUGCGCAGGAGCAAGCCUUCGACAUCAUCCGUGUCUUUGAACGGCGCGAGGGACCGGGUGGCUGCUGGGUGGGAGACACAUCUCAGCCUCCAACGCUCUCCGACUUUGCGUCUCUGGCAGACCGCACGGCCGAUGCACCGCUCCCUGUCCCGGAGAGGCUGCCGGCGCAGACGCCCAAGUCGGACCGGCCGCGCUUCUCCGAGUCGUCGGUGUAUCCGUACCUGGAGACAAACGUGGACUUUCUGCCCAUGCAGUUCAGCCAGGAACCGAUCCCGGAUGAGCGAAGUGAGCUGUCCAUCUCGGUUCAUGGACCACAGACCCCUUUCCGUCGAUGGGACGUCAUUCGACGCUACAUCACUGGUCUUGUAGAGCGUCAGGGGUACGACGACUUGAUCUCGUAUGAUACCACUGUGGAGCGGGUAGAGAAGAUCGGUGCCGAGUGGAAGGUAACGCUCCGGAAGGAUGGUAAGGAGAGUGACUAUUGGUGGGUCGAGUGGUUUGAUGCUGUCGUGGUGGCGAGCGGGCACUACUGGGUGCCUUAUAUCCCCCCUAUCGAUGGCCUGGAGGAGUUUGAGAAGGCGAGGCCCGGAAGUGUGAUACACAGCAAGCACUUUCGCGGACGAGAACGGUUUCUGGGAAAGCGCGUAGUCGUAGUCGGAGCCUCCGUUUCCGCGGCAGACAUCGCCUUCGACCUAACCAACACAGCCAAGACACCAGUCCACGCCAUCACCAUCGGGCACGCAGCCAACAGCUACUUUGGCGACGAGGCCUUCAACCACCCGCGGAUCCAGAGGCACCCCUCCAUAGCGCGGGUCCAGAACAAGACGGUACACCUCACAGACGGCAACAGCAUCCCCGACGUGGACCACAUCAUCUUCGGCACCGGCUACAGCUGGACGCUGCCGUUCCUGCCGCAGGUGCGCGUCCGCAACAACCGUGUCCCAGAGUUGUACCAGCAUGUCGUGUGGCAGCGGGACCCGACGCUCGUCUUCGUCGGCGCCGUCGCCGCGGGCCUGACCUUCAAGGUCUUCGAGUGGCAGGCCGUCUACGCGGCGCGCCUACUCGCCGGCCGGGCGGGGCCGGAGGCGCUCCCGUCGUUGGAGGAGAUGCGGGCGUGGGAGGCGGCGAGGGUGAAGGUCAAGGGGGAUGGGGUCAAGUUCACGAUGGUCUUCCCCGAGUUUGAGGACUACUUUGAGACGCUGAGGAAGCUCGCUGGGGAGGGGGUGGAGGGGAAGGGGAGAAAACUGCCGAAGUUCCGGAGGGAGUGGACGCGGGCUUUUAUGGAUGGGCAUGAGCUGCGGAAGAACAUGUGGCGGAGGUUGAACGCGAAGAAAAGGGGCGACUUGAAUGGAGCUCGGUUGUGA